UAUCUGAUGAGAAAAAUCAAACAUGAGAUGGACGAGUAAACAAAGCUAGUAAAAGGUAGGAAUGGUAAAGUAGGAGGGAAAAGUAAUGUGAAUGAAUACAGGCGAUUAUUAUGAUAUGAAUGAGGAGUAAAAAAAUAUGUGUAAAAAUUGUGUUACUACGAAAUCGAUUGACUUUUGAUGGUAACAGAAGCAGCUAACUAUUAUUUUAUUGUUAUCCCUAUGGAUACAAAGAGGUUGGUAAAAGCAGCGAUCGAACCACUUAGUUUUGUUUCUCAUCAUUUACUCGUUAUACGCUUUUUUUACGUUUAAUUUUUAAUGUUAUCAUUCGUUUUAGUUUUAAUCAACCUUUAGAAGGUUCAACUUUACCUUUAAUCAUGUGUAAAGUAGUGAAAUUAAUCAACUGAAAAAUUGUCAACAUUCAACCCUGGCUUCUAUACUUAAGCCAUUACAAAUGGUUUUCUGGUCAAAUUGGGAAACAUGUUACAGUAGUUAUUCACUGUCACAAGAAUCCCAAAGAUCGGAGACUCGACGAUCACCUUCGAAUUUUCAUCUUUCUAGUCCGUCAAAUCUUCUUACAUCGUCUUCUUCCACCACCACAAUGUUAAUCAAUGGAUUACCUGAAUUGGGUAUAAGUGAUAUUGGGGAUAAAGAGUUUUCUGAAUCAGAUCGUUCCACUAAAUCAAGUCAACAUGUCUAUGGUGGAGGCGGAGGGGGUGGUAGUGGAAGUAGUAAACAUCGAAACAGUGAUUGGGUCAUUUUGGAAGGAUUACGUGGUGAUCUUCGAUAUGAAGGUGUUCCAAGUCAUUUUGAAGGUUUCCUUUUAAAAAGACGUAAAUGGCCUCUCAAAGGUUGGCAUAAAAGAUAUUUUUACCUGGAUAAAGGUAUCCUUAAAUAUGCCAAAACUCCAACCGACUUUACCAAAGGUAAAACUCAUGGAUCCAUUGAUAUUGGACUAUCAAUGAUUUCAACCAAAGCCUCUUCUCGUCGCAUAGAUAUUGAUGCAGAUGAAUGUAUAUACCAUAUUAAGGUUAAAAAUAAGAUAUCAUUUGAUCAAUGGGUACAUCAGUUACGUCAACAUCGCCAUUUUCGUCAGCAUCAGAUAAUGUAUCAAGAUGAUCCAAAAAAAUCUGUGCCUGGUAUUGAAACAUCAGUUAGUUUUAUGAAUAUGGGCGAUUCAUCAACAUCAAAUGUAACAACCUCCAAGGUUGCAAAUUGGAUACUUGACUCAAAUGGAACUCAAGAGGAAAUUAAUCAAGUGUUAGAUGAAUUACACCGAAGAUUAGUACGUUUGUCAUCGGUUUUCCAAGAGAUAGAGCUUAACAUGGGAACGAGACGACAAAUGCCAGACAUUGACACUGGUAGCUUAAAAAAGUACCGACAUUUUAUGUUCCGAAGGACUAAAAAAAAUCAUUCCUCUGUUACCUCAAAAUUAAAGGUUGCCACAAAAAGAAAGAAUAAUCUUGAGAUACCCGUUGUUGGGUCAGAAGAGUCAGAAAUUCACGAUGAUGCCGCUUCAUCUGCAAAUAUUGCUGUUCCCCAUCUCAGUUCAUCGCAUCCGUCUCUUAAUGAAUCUGAAAAUACUUCUAAUCUCGAUAGUCAAGGUCUGAAAACAACCAUGACUAGAUCAUCAACAGAAGUCGGUAAAUCAGCUUCUGCUAGUGCAAUCAGGGGAGCAAACAAUGGCCAAGCUAUGAAUAUCAACAAAAUUAAAUCUAAUGUUUCAACGGCAUUGAAUGAGGAAUUUAUAACUCUUGCUGAAGAAAUUCAUGACCAAUUGCGACUUUGUCUUCGUAAAAUGCGAGGUAAUCGUGAAAAUUCAAUCGUUGUACCAACAACUGUUACAGAGGAAACAUCAAAUUCAGUUAACCCGGGAACAACUGGUGUAAAUAUUGUCUCAGGUGCAACUGUCUCAUCUGGAUCAUCAGCUUCUUCUGUGAUUACUAACUUAAAGUUGUCUCUUCAAAAAGCCUUGGAUCAGAAUAGAGAUCUUCGCCAACGUUUGUCUCAAAUUCAUGCAGAUUCAGAUAUUUCAUCAUUAUCUCAGCUCAAUAUAAUCAUGAAUUCAUGUUCAACCGUUGAAGAAGAGGCAGACGAGAACACUCUUGUCCAUCAGCCUAUCGGUGACUCUAAAUCGUAUGAAAGCUGCUCAGUUUUAAGUUUAUCGGAAUAUUAUGAUGCUGCUGAACGCUUCUCAACGUGUACCUCUUCUACUGAUGAAGAAGAUGAUCGCAGUGUAACAACGGAUCUGAGUGAAGAAGAAACGGCCGGGUUUAAACAAACUUCUCAAGGGGUGACUGGUAGAAGAUCAAAGUUACCCUGUCCAAAGCCAGAAACUGGCGAUAUUAGUUUAUGGAGCUUAUUGUGUAAAAAUAUUGGUAAAGAUUUAUCUAAAAUUAGUAUGCCUGUUACUUUAAACGAACCGUUAAAUGUUUUACAAAGACUGUGCGAGGAAUUGGAAUACAGUGAGCUUCUGGAUGAAGCUGCAGCCAUUGAUGAUCCUUGUGAACAAAUGCUUUAUGUUGCAGCAUUUGCAGUGUCAGCUUACAGUGGUUCUGCUUAUCGAGCUGGUCACAAACCAUUUAAUCCCCUUCUAGGUGAAACCUAUGAAUGUGUUCGUGAAGAUAAAGGAUUUCGCUUCAUUGCUGAACAAGUCUCUCAUCAUCCGCCAAUCUCUGCUUGUCAUGCAGAAUCUGAAAAUUAUGUUUUCUGGCAAGGAAUGCGAAUUAAAACCAAAUUUUGGGGUAAAUCAAUGGAAAUUAUUCCUUUUGGCAAUGUAAACGUUUUGCUCAAACGUACCAAAAGCGUCUACAGAUGGAAUAAAGUUACAACUUGUGUUCACAAUAUUUUCAAAGGUCAACGUUAUGUAGAUCAAUAUGGUGAAAUGAUUAUAACUAAUGGUGAUCUCAAGUGUAAAUUAACAUUCUCCAAAACUAGUUAUUGGUCUAACAAGCGUCACGAAGUUUUUGGUACCAUCACCAAUAAAAAUGGUGAAGUGAUUAAAUCCAUUUUUGGUAAAUGGACUGAAGCACUUUACACUGGAAACCCACCGCAAACUCGAUGUAUAUGGAGACCUGGUGCUAUGCCUGACGAUUAUAAGCUUUAUUAUGGUUUUACUCGAUACGCAUUGGAAUUGAAUGAGUUAACAUCCAAUUUGGCUAAUAAAUUACCCAUUACUGAUACAAGGUUCCGGCCUGAUCAAAGGUUACUGGAAGAAGGUAAAAUUCAAAAAGCUGAGAAUAUAAAAAUGGUUUUGGAGCAACUUCAACGAGAAAGAAGGAAAGAAAGAGAGGAAAAAGGCGAGGCACACAAACCAAGAUGGUUCAAACAAGAGCCUGUUGAUGAUGAAUUAAAUUGGGUGUCAAAUGAUGAAUAUUGGAUGUUCAGAGAUGGUAUAGGUUUCUCCUGUCUUGGUCUAGAGAAUCUUUGGCCUGAAGAUGUUAUUCAGAGAGAAUUAUCUGAACAAUAUAAGUGAAUAUACAACCUUCACGUUUGAUGACUAUCUUCCUCUGAUCUUACCGAAUCAACCAUAACAUGAAACACCUCGAAACCUUUUAUUGUUUACAAGUUUAUUUCAUUGCUGCAUCAUUAUUCACCGCAAUUCACUGUUGAGUUAUAUUAUUUAUCUUGGUUUCUUGAGUUGUUUAUAGUCAAUUUUAUUGCUAUUGAGGAUGGAACAAACAUGGAUCUCAAUGGAGGAUUCGAGAAGUUACAAGUUUCUUUAAUAUAAUAUAAUUCAAGUUUCCAAAGAAAAGAAAAAUUAGUAACCAUGGAUCUUGAAGCUUCUCGAGAAUGCAUUGGUCAUGGCAAUAAUAGAUUAAGUUUCAAUUUAACUCGAUUAUGAUACACAAGUCAAUACAUUGGAUAAUAUAUUUUAUUUCUCCGUUUUCUGGCAUCUUUAUCAGCAACUAUGGAAGACAAUAGUAGAUUUUGCCAUCAAUCAUUCAUGACAAUCACGGAAUACGUUGAGAAAAAAUAAGCAAGAUUUUCACCCAGAUUUCACCAUUUAUUAACCCACCAAUGAGCUCUCAAUUUAUUGCGAUUUGGUCAUCAAACGGACUUAAAACACCUUUCAAAUUUGAUAUCUUCAUCAUCAUCAAUUAUAUAAUGAAUUUUAUCCUCUAAUCUAUUGGAAUCAAUAUCACUCGUUUGGAUUCAAUUUCGUUAAACUGUUACGGUCAAGAAGAAUGUUAAUUGUUUUAUAUUUUUGAGCCAAAAUAUUUUAAUUUGAAAAACUACCAAUCAAAAACUAAACAAAGAUAAACUCAAUCGACGUAAUGGAAGCCAUAGACCUUAAUUAACCUGCUAGUCUCCUAAAAUUGUUGCAAUCUAAGUUGUUAAAUUGAUUGUUAUAUGAAAGUCUGCACUGGAUUACACUGGAUGUUGCAUCUUUUUGUUAUUAUUGACAUACAUUUGUCUACCUGCCUAUUGAUAUCUUGGAUUCUGUAGCACAUUCACCUGGUUUCAAUCCACAUCCCCGAGUUAUCACAUAAACAGACUGUGAUGGAUAAAUUUUUAUGCAUAAAAUGCAUAAAAUUAUGUUGUUUUUGUUGACGAUCAUCGCAAUCAUUACAAACCAUAUUUACGUGUACUUGUUGAAUGCCUGCCUCCACCAAAUGACUGCUUCAUCAUAGAUAACCAAUCAAGUCUGAUUUUAGAUGAAAUCACCUCUUCUUUAUUAACAAGAAUCCACUUUAAAUGUCACAAUUUCUAUUAAUAAUCCUUUUAUGAUACCAGAUAAAGUUGCUCAAAGAUCAAGAACGGAAUCGGCCUUUGCUAAAUCAACUUUUUUUAGGAAAACAACGGAAUCAAAGACUUUUGAUUUCCUCUUUUCUCACCAUUAAUAUCUUCAUCUUUUCAUCUUGUCAAAAUGUGAUUACAAGAAAAUUAGUAUCAUCAUAUAGCCUUGAAUCAAUGAAUAAUUGUCUUUCUUUCAUCUUGAUUCAACACCAUCGCUUAACUACUAAAAGAUAUCCAACUUAAAGAGACACUUUUACCUGUUUAUAAUUCUGUACAUAUUUAUUCGUUGAAGAUUCCGUUAGAGUAAAAAUAAUGGCCACUGACUGAAUGCUGAUGGACGAAGAAGGAGGCAAAAUUGACACUUCCACGGCUUAAUCAAUUACCUUGUUACAAUUGUUAUUUUUAUUUUGUUGACAAAGGAGUAAAUUGUGUAUUACAACUGAUAUUGGAAAAAGCAAAUCAAUUGGAAAAACCAAUUUACGGAAACGCUUGAGAUGAAGAUUUAUCCAAGAAACCUGGAAACAACACUUUUCUUGUUGAUUUAAUAAUUUAUUUUGUUGUCAGUAUUUAUUACAGGUUAAAUUAAUUGUGAUAACUUAAAAUUAAUACAAAAAAAUAAAUAACCAACAAACUGAGAAUAUAUAAAAUUGAUUGAAAAGAUAGACGAACUCAUGAUUUUGUUUUCUUUCUUUAAUUGUUAACUCGCUUCUUUGCAAUUGUCCCGUGACAAUUAUCUUGAAAAGUCUAUGUAGAUAUCAUUAGUUAAUCAACUAUCAAAACACCAACAAUUGUCAUCUAUUGUUAUUAUUCUCAUAUUAAAAACAAUGUAAAAAACAAA